AUGGAUAUGCGACUGUGUCACAUCAAACCAUUUACUUGUUACUCCGUAAAUAGAUCUGAUUACCGCGCACCAUCCUUCCGUCCCGAGUACUCCGUAAAUAGAUCUGAUUACCGCGCACCAUCCUUCCGUCCCGAGUACUCCGUAAAUAGAUCUGAUUACCGCGCACCAUCCUUCUGUUCUGAGUACUCCGUAAAUAGCUCUGAUUGCCGCGCACCAUCCUUCCGUCCCGAGUACUCCGUAAAUAGCUCUGAUUACCGCGCACCAUCCUUCCGUCCCGAGUACUCCAUAAAUAGCUCUGAUUACCGCGCACCAUCCUUCCGUUCUGAGUACUCCGUAAAUAGCUCUGAUUACCGCGCACCGUCCUUCCGUCCCGAGUACUCCGUAAAUAGCUCUGAUUACCGCGCACCAUCCUUCCGUCCCGAGUACUCCGUAAAUAGCUCUGAUUACCGCGCACCAUCCUUCCGUUCUGAGUACUCCGUAAAUAGCUCUGAUUACCGCGCACCGUCCUUCCGUUAA